UUAUAAAAUAAUUGUGUCAAAAGAAGAGUAGCUAUUCCAGAUAGUGUUGACGUCUUCGAAUGAAUAACUGCAAAUUACUUGCUAUUAAAUAACUGGAAAAACAAUUGUCUCGUGUUACUACUCACUCUGUCAAGGAACAAAAACUGGUGAACACUUCCAAAAAUAAGAAGACUAAGCAAACAUAGUUCAGGUAUCAAAGAUUAGAGGACUUGUGCUAUUUUCCAACUCAAGACAGUCUGAAGAAGAGCAACUCCAAGAUUUUGAUUCAGAAGAGUAAAUCUCAAAGCAGACAACUGGAUUACCAAGAAGAGGGACAGCAACGAUAACUUGAUAAAAUGAUUCAAUAUUACACUGAAUAUCAAAUGCAAGAACAACUGCUGGAUCAGAUCCAUGGUAAUAUUGAGGAGGAGGGAGCAUUUUCCAGUCUUGGGUUGCAGGAUUGCAAACAUAAUAACUGUCCCACCCCUGACAAAGGAGCAACCCGCUGCUACAACUUAGGACUUUGACCCUUUCGGGCAAGAAAUCAAGGGAAGGACUGGGGACUCCAAUUAACAUACUGGACCGAUUCCUCUCGCUGAAGACGAUUCCAAGGAAGGAACUUUAGUUAGUUGGCAUUAGCUCAAUGCUAAUUGCUUGCAAGUAUGAAGAGAUUUGGGCACCAGAGGUGAAUGAUUUCAUUCAUAUAUCAGAAAAUGCAUAUGCCAGAGAGCAAAUACUUCAGAUGGAGAAAGCUAUUCUUGGGAAAUUGGAAUGGUAUUUGACUGUUCCAACACCAUAUGUUUUUCUGGUUAGAUACAUUAAAGCUGCAACACCAUCUAAUAAUCAGGAGAUGGAGAACAUGACAUUCUUUUUUGCUGAACUUGGUCUUAUGAACUACAAGACCACAAUAUCAUACUGCCCAUCAAUGCUAGCAGCAUCGUCCGUUUAUGCUGCCCGUAGCACUCUCAACAAAACUCCAUUAUGGACUCAAACUCUGCAGCACCAUAGUGGCUACUCAGAAGAUCAGUUGAUGGAAUGUGCAAAGCAAUUGGUUAGCUAUCACUUGGGUGCUGCAGAAAGUAAGCUGAAAGCAAUAUACAGGAAGUUUUCGAGUCCAGAUAGAGGUGCUGUUGCAUUCUUCCCACCAGCAAGAAAUCUCCUACCUCCUACUACUACUGAUGCUGCUUCCUCUUCUUGAUGAAUUUUAUUUUUUAGUUUGGAAAGGUUUUGGAUCAUGUUCUGUUGAGAUCUCGCUAGCUUUAAGCUUGUGUUAAGUUUGUGUUAUCUCAACUAGUCAACAGAGCAGUUUGUUACAACCCACAGGUAUAUUUGAUGGACUAAUGGCCACUCAAACAGAAGUAUCAAUGAUACAGAAUCAAAUAAGUAGUAACAGUGCGGGCCAACCACUUUUCAGCCUUGUAAUUGAAAAUUAUCCAGUGUCAUGGAA